GUAGUUGUUAGAAAUGAAAUAAUAUAAUCCUUGAAUUGUCCUCAGACGUCAAUGUCUCCAGUCUGGCGAGACACCCCUUGCGAAAAACCUGGAGGCUGGCGCCUUUGCCGCUUUCUGCCCGAGCUGCAACGACAUCAUCGCUCGCUGCAAAAAUGGGUGUUCUCGGCUUUUGCCCGCCAUGACUUCGAAAUUUUGCUUUUUGCACAACCAAGAGCCAUUCAUCCCACCAUUGACAAUGGACUGAGUAUUAUUACAUAUUAUGGAUGAGUCUCAUGCCUCUUCUGAUCUCGACCACUCAUCUAUCAUCAUUAUCAGAUCCUCACAUUCUUUCCAAAGCUCCCCGCGUUUGACCGUCCAAGCUCAAUAAGCACACGACCUCCCGUCGACCCUUCAAUCGUCAGGAAGGAUAUCUCAUUUCGCGAGAGCUUCGCAGAUAUUGCAGAACUUCUACCGUUUCGUCUCGGCCCUAGCAAUGGCCUCGAAGGGCCUCCAAAUGCCGCCAGGAAUGGACCGUCGGAAGUCGUCAACAGCUCACUAUAGCUCGUUUGCCGUACCUCCUCCGAGAAAUCGAGGGCGACCACCAAUUUCCCCAACAGGCUCCGGUGGCUUCGAUGGUUCUACGAAUGCUCCAAGUAAUGGCGGCGACGGAGAUCAUGAUCCUCACAACUCUCCUCUGCCGACGAAACAGCUAGUGAUACUAGCUAUUAUUGCUCUGGCAGAACAAACAGCACUCAAUUCAAUAUCGCCAUACCUCCCAGAGAUGACCUCUACCUUCCCCGAAGUCGAUGUUGGGCAAAUAGGACUGUACGUUGGGACAAUAGCUUCGAGCUUCGCCUUGGCACAGUUUGCGACAAACUUCUUUUGGGGCUGGCUGUCGGAUCGCAUUGGGAGGAAACCAGUCGUCAUGCUGGGGACUAUACUCACUGCUGCAUGCUUUCUGGGUUUCGGCUUCUGCAGGACGUUAUGGCAGGCUAUAAUGGUACAGGCGCUCAUGGGGUUGGUCAAUGGGAACCAGGGAGUCAUUUCAACAUGUCUGGGCGAGAUCACGGACAGGAGCAAUCAGAGCAAGGCAUUUGUUUAUCUGCCAGUCAUAUAUGGAAUUGGUGGGAUCACUGGGCCGGCUGUGGGAGGGUUACUGGUGUUCCAGGAACAUCCAUUCAGGAAGGGCGUCAAGAAUCCGUAUCCAUAUCUCCUACCGAAUCUGUUCUCAGCUGUCAUACUGGUUAUCGACCUUGUUUGCACGGGAUUCUGGCUGGAAGAGAGCUUGGAAGAAGCAAAGGAGCUUCCACCCCUCAAGAAAAGAGUUGGCAACCUAUUUAGCUGGAUCUGGCAAUUCACGGGUGGAUCACAUCGGCCUACAUAUCUGCGCAGUCGAGGACAUCGGGAUUCGAGACAUCGAGUGGAUGGCGGGGUGGAUGGGUCAGACGACGAGACCUCAGAUCAAGACAGCGAACGCCAAUCUCUUCUAUCCAUACCUGAGAUCUUCACCAACAAUGGCAAUCACUUGUCAAGCAAGGAAGUGUUGAACAGAGACACGAUUAUUCUGCUGAGCACGUACCUUGUAUUUCAGCUUUCGAACAUCUCGUACAAUUCUCUGUACCCUAUUUUCGCUUCCUCUCCAAUGCCAACAGGCCGCGAGCUUUCACCCGAAGAAAUUGGUCUUUCCCUCUCCUUUGCAGGUAUCGUGACAAUUGUAUUCCAAGUCGGUAUCUUCGGGAAGCUGAAAGAAAAGAUGGGAAACAAACGCACAUACCGCGCAGGGUUAUUCCUAUUCUUUAUCUCCAUGAUGAUGAUGCCAUGGGUUGGUUACAACGAUUCGCGUCCUCUGUUUGGUCUAGGCACAGGCAAAAUCUGGUUGUGGAUCGAGUUGGGUUUUGUGCUGCUUGUCAAAACCGUUGCCGCAGUGGGGGGGCUGACAAGUGCUUUGUUGCUAAUCACGAACUCAGCACCCAAUCACUCAGUCUUAGGUACACUCAACGGGCUCGCCCAAACCCUUUCCGCAGCCGGCAGAGCAGCAGGUCCUUUCCUCUCAGGAGGCCUCUUCUCCAUCGCCACUCGUGUACAUCCCAAAGGCGAAGCAUUAGCAUGGGGAGUCUUCGGCGGCAUCGCAUUUCUCGGAUGGCUAGCCAGUUUCGGCAUUCGAGGCGAGGGACUCGAGAGCGCUGAAUUUGAUGAGGAGAAUGGAAGUGGAGAAGAGGAUGAUGACGAUGACGAGUAUAAUGAUGACGAGGAUGAUGCCGGUGUGGGCAGACGGUAGGCUCAGGUGUACAGAAUUGGUUGAUGGCGCGGCGUUUUGGUGUUUGUCUCGGGAUAAAAGGCAUAGCGGUAGAUGGUUACAUGGCAUAGAUGAUACACAGACUGCCGUCAGCGGCUGGUUUGGUAGAGCGGAGUAUUGAUAUUAUGCAUAUUGAACCAAAUGUCACUCAAAGUUGUGUAUGGGCAAGCUGCUCUCGAAAGUUCAAGAUUUGCUCAUUCUUCCAGAUACGGGCCCAACAUUAUCGUAGAAAAUGCUACUUCCAUUGUCGUAAUUUUUGGUAGCAAUAUGUUGGUUUGUUCACUUUUGACAUUAGUAAAGCCGAGUUGCUAGGUUUAAUAGCAGUUUUGAAAGAUAAAAAGACUCUGACAAGGCUAUCAUUCGCCGCAACAAGGACAACAGCAACAACGGCAACAACACAUCCUCCUGUACCAUGUCCGCUCCGCCAUCCCACCAACCUCGACAAACGACGCC